AUGGCCUCGGAUAUGUUUUGGAAGUCCAGUUCUAAUAGUAUAAGCAGAUUCCAUAUGGCCAUCUGGGUUGUUAAGCAGGCUCUGUUAUCGUUAGGCAUCAUCUCCACUGUCCUUAUGUUGAAGCCAACAUCAAAAAUCUCAGACAUAUUCAACAUCUUAUGUUGCAGUUUUCCAAGCAUUUGGGUGUGGUUGAGAAGUUGGUUGUCUCCUCCAUAUGUAUACAUUACCAUCAAUGUCAUCCUCAUCCUCAUCAUUAUCCUAGUCUCUUCUUCUUCUUUGACAGAAAAAUCUGGGGCGGACUCAUCACCGGAGGCAUCAUGCGUAUUGGAUUCCGGGGAGGAGGAGAAGGAGAGCGGUGGAGAGAGUAUUGCCGGAGAGACGGCUGCAAAAUUGGAGAAACAUGCGGUAACAGCACUUAUUCAUGGGUGGGAGGAUCAAAAUGAGACCCUAGAUGCUACAUGGAAGGAGAUCAUGGAGGAAGAUGGGAAUCUUUCCAGACGGCAUCUUAGGAAGACCGACUCAUGGGAUGUGACACCUUGUGUUGAUGGAUGUAACUUGGCUCCAAGUGAGAUAAGGAAGACGAAUACUUUUGCGGAAGCUCUCUCAUCAUUGAGGGAGACUCCAUACAUAAGGAAGGAUGAAUUGCUAAGUCAUGACGAGUUGAACCAACAAGUGGAAUUGUUCAUUAGAAAGUGUAGGAAUGAUAUGCGAUUGGAGAGGCUAGAAUCAGACCAGCGGCUUAUGGACCUGCUUAAUCGAGGAAUGUAG